AUGCAGUGGGAGGAGGGAGAAGAAGAGGAAGGGAAGAGUCCGGGGAGGGCGCAACGACGCCAGGCCCUCCUCGAUUCCGCCGGCCUCUUAUGACGAUGGCGACGACGAUGAUGAUCGGGUUCCUGUUGUUGAGGAUGGUGAUGGGAAUCGGGGCGGAGGACUGCCGGCGCGUUUAGUGGCGGAGCUACCAAAGGUCACAGCGUCGAGGAAGAGGGCAUCUAA